CACCUACUGAACUGUUUCUUUUGUUUUGUUUUGUUUUUUUUUUUUGGGGAUUACUUGAUCUCUUACCUUCUUACUCGCAACGCUUACCACAUAACCUAACUUGCUUUCAUUGCCAUCUUUUGAUAGUCUUUUCUUUGCCUUUUCUUUACUUUAUUUUUUGUUUUCCCAAAAAAUUCCAUUCAAAAAUUCCUUCUUGUCUCAGAUCUAAGAAAAAAUGACCAACAAUACUGACAUUCACGUUUCCUCCAAUCUUCAUCCCGUUGCUCCACCUCAUAGUCCUAUUUACAUUAAAGCUAUGGAAGCUAGGAACUAUAUUAUCGGCCAAGUACCGGAAGAAUUGAGUAAGCCAAGACUCGCCAUUAUCUGUGGCAGUGGUUUAGGUACUUUGGCUGCUGACUUGUCUGAGCCUAAAUACGAAAUCUCUUACCAUGAUAUUCCUCAUUUCCACGUCUCUCAUGUUGCUGGACAUGCCUCCAAAUUGAUCUUUGCCUAUAUAGGAGAAAAGCGCAUUCCGACGAUGGUUUUGUGUGGACGCUAUCAUUCCUAUGAAGGUUAUAGCAUGGACGUCGCUACGUUCCCCGUUCGUGUCAUGAAGGUUUUAGGCGUUGAAACAAUGAUCGUUACCAAUGCCUCUGGUGGUGUCAAUCAAAAUUUCAAUGUCGGAGAUUUGAUGAUUUUGAAAGACCAUAUUGAUUUCCCUGGUCUUGCUGGUAAUCACUCUCUUAAAGGGCCUAACCCUCACGAAUUUGGAACCCGAUUUCCCGCACUUUCGGAUGCUUACGAUCUACAGCUUCGCAAACUUGCUUACGAUGCCGUCAAGGCUCACUCCAUUACCCGUCCUAUCCAUGAAGGUACUUACUGCUUUGUCUCUGGGCCAAGCUUCGAAACACGUGCAGAAUGUCGCAUGUUAUCUAUUUUAGGUGCUGAUGCAGUCGGCAUGUCUACUGUUCCAGAAGUUAUUGUAGCUCGUCACUGUGGCAUCCGUGUGUUGGCCAUCUCCCUCAUCACCAAUAAAGCUGUUAUACAAGAGAGCCCCUCUGGCAAGGAUGCUGUGGAUACCAGCUCUGAAAUCAUGUCCAAGGGUGCAGCUAAUCAUCUUGAAGUUUUGGAAGUCGGCAUUGCCGCUGCAAACGAUAUUCGAAAAAUUGUCGAAUCACUCGUUAAUGGCCUUUAGAUCCACUAAAUUACCUUUGGCUAUUCCAUUAUUCGCUAUUAUUUCUCUCGAAUUUGAUGAAAAAUGUCCUUUGCAGCAAGUUUUUUGUUUUUUUAUCCUCCUUUGUCUGUAUAUUUAUGUGUUCCUUUGUGCUUGUUCAAUGGCAUUCUUUCUUGGAUCUGUCCCAAUAGCCAUAGCCAUUCCUUAUCUUCAUUAUAGCCUUUCAAAUUCUCCAUUACUUAAAUACGCUUAAUGAGAUUAAGGCAUUUUUUGUAUUUUAAUUCUCUUUUUGCUACGUCAAUGAUAAAAUUCAUUCCAUUUCUCGUCAAUAUAAAAAACCUUUAAUAUUUUUCCGCAA